AUGUCUCGCUUCCUGGAGAUGAAGGACUUUGGAGAAGCUGCACAUUUCCUCCGCCUCACCAACCUGGAGCAGCUGGCGGCCAAGGCCCAGGCCUUCGACGGUACGAAGCGUGUGUGGAUGCCUGAUGACGUCGAGGCGUACGUGGAGGUGGAGGUCCGGGAGCUGAACGGAGACAAAACCACCGUGGAGACCAAAGACGGACGGUUUGUGAUCAUGAAGGAGGACGACCUGCAGCAGAUGAAUCCUCCGAAGUUCGACAUGAUGGAGGACAUGGCCAUGCUGACGCACCUGAACGAGGCCUCGGUGCUCUUCAACCUCAGGAGGAGAUACAGCAUGUGGAUGAUCUACACCUACUCGGGUCUCUUCUGUGUGACAGUCAACCCGUACAAGUGGCUGCCGGUCUACUCUGCUGCCGUGGUAACGGCCUACAAGGGGAGGCGUCGCACCGACACCCCGCCCCACAUCUACGCCAUCGCCGACAACGCCUACACCGACAUGCUGCAGAAUCGUGAGAACCAGUCGAUGCUGAUCACUGGUGAGUCAGGUGCGGGGAAAACUGUCAACACCAAGCGGGUGAUUCAGUACUUUGCCAUCGUCGCAGCCCUGGGAGAAACUGGGAACAAAAAAGGAUCUCUAGAGGACCAGAUCAUAGAGGCGAACCCGGCCAUGGAGGCUUUCGGCAACGCCAAAACCAUACGCAACGACAACUCUUCUCGCUUUGGCAAGUUCAUCAGGAUUCAUUUUGGACCAACAGGGAAGCUCGCGUCUGCUGACAUCGACAUCUACCUUCUUGAAAAGUCCAGAGUUGUGUUCCAGCAGCCGGGAGAGAGAAGCUACCACAUCUACUACCAGAUCAUGUCCAAUCACAAGCCAGAACUACAAGACAUGCUGCUGGUGACCACAAAUCCCUACGACUACCACUUCUGCUCGCAGGGCGUCACCACGGUGGAGGGCGUCAGCGACGGGGAGGAGCUGAUGCUCACUGAUCAUGCCAUGGACAUUCUGGGCUUCACUCCAGAGGAGAAGUACGGCUGCUAUAAGAUUGUCGGGGCCAUCAUGCACUUCGGCAACAUGAAGUUCAAGAAGAAGCAGAGGGAGGAGCAGGCCGAGGCCGACGGCACUGAGAGUGUAGAUAAGGCGGCUUACCUGAUGGGCAUCAACUCUGCGGAUCUGCUGAAAGGCCUCCUGAACCCCCGGGUCAAAGUGGGCAACGAGUUCAUCAUCAAAGGACAGACCGUGGAACAGGUGAACUACGCGGUGGGCGCUCUGGCCAAGGCGACGUACGACCGCAUGUUCAAGUGGCUGGUGGGUCGCAUCAACCAGUCGCUGUACGUCGCUCUGCCUCGCCAGUUCUUCAUCGGAGUUCUGGACAUCGCUGGCUUCGAGAUCUUUGAGUUCAAUAACUUUGAGCAGCUGUGCAUUAACUUCACCAACGAGAAGCUGCAGCAGUUCUUCAACCACCACAUGUUCAUCCUGGAGCAGGAGGAGUACAAGACCGAGGGCAUCGAGUGGACCUUCAUCGACUUCGGCCUGGACCUGCAGGCCUGCAUCGACCUCAUCGAGAAGCCCAUGGGUAUUCUGUCCAUCAUGGAGGAGGAGUGUAUGUUUCCUAAGGCCACGGACCACAGCUUUAAAACCAAACUGUACGACAACCACCUGGGCAAGUCGCCCAACUUCCUGCGACCCCGGCCCGACAAGAAACGCAAAUAUGAGACUCACUUCGAGGUCGUCCACUACGCUGGAGUGGUGCCGUACAACAUCGUGGGCUGGUUGGAUAAGAACAGGGACCCUCUGAACGAGACGGUGGUGGCUCUAUUCCAGAAGUCCUCCAACAAGCUGAUGGCGUCCCUGUUUGAGAACUACGUCAGCUCUGACAUGGCUGCUGACCCGAAGGCAGAAAGCAAGCAGAAGAGGAGGAAGGCCGCCUCGUUCCAGACGGUUUCCCAGCUUCACAAGGAGAACCUCAACAAGCUGAUGGCGAACCUCCGCAGCACUCAGCCUCACUUUGUUCGCUGCAUCAUCCCCAACGAGACCAAGAGCCCAGGGGUGAUGGAUCCCUUCCUGGUCCUGCACCAGCUCCGCUGUAACGGCGUGCUGGAGGGGAUCAGGAUCUGCAGGAAGGGCUUUCCCAACCGGAUCCUGUACUCUGAGUUCAAACAGCGUUAUCGUAUCCUGAACCCGGCUGCCAUCCCGGAGGACUCGUUCGUGGACAGCAGGAAGGCUGUGGAGAAGCUGCUGGGCUCUCUGGACAUCGACCACACGCAGUACAAGUUUGGACACACCAAGGUGUUCUUCAAGGCGGGGCUGCUGGGCCUGCUGGAGGACAUGCGGGACAGCCGUCUGUCCCAGAUCCUGACCGUGGUCCAGGCCCGCUGCCGGGGGAAGCUGAUGAGGAUGGAGCGGCAGAGGAUGAUGCAGGAGAGGGACUCGGCGAUGGUGAUCCAGUUCAACCUGCGGGCCUUCUUCUCGGUGCGCACCUGGCCCUGGAUGAUGCUCUUUUACAAGCUCCGCCCCCUGCUGAGGAGCGCCCAGGUGGAGAAGGAGCUGGCGGCGCUGAAGGAGGAGUUCAACAAACUAAAAGAGGCCUUCGACAGGUCGGAGGCGAAGCGUCGGGAGGCCGAGGAGCGGCAGGUGGUUUUGGUUCAGGAGAAGAACGACCUCACUCUGCAGCUCCAGGCUGAGCAGGACAACCUGACGGACGCUGAGGAUCGCUGCAACCAGCUGAUCCAGGCCAAGAUCUCCCUGGAGUCCAAGCUGAAGGAGGCGCAGGAGCGGCUGGAGGACGAGGAGGAGGUGAGCGCCUCGCUGACCUCCAAGAAACGGCAGCUGGAGGACGAGGUGGCGUCGCUCAAGAGGGACGUGGACGACCUGGAGAUCACCCUGGCCAAGGUGGAGAAGGACCGGCACGGCGUGGAGAACAAGGUGAAGAACCUGUCCCAGGAGAUGUGUGUGUUGGAUGAGUCCAUCGCCUCGCUCAGCAGGGAGAAGGCGGCCCUGCAGGAGGCGCACCAGCAGGUCCUGAGCGACCUGCAGGCCCAGGAGGACAAAGUCAACAUGCUGGCCAAGGCCAAGGCCCGGCUGGAGCAGCACGUGGACGACGUGGAGGGCUCUCUGGAGCAGGAGAAGAAGCUGAGGCUGGAGGUGGAGCGGUACAAGCGGAAGCUGGAGGGAGACCUGAAGCUCUCCGUGGAGUCGCUCAGAGAUCUGGAGAACGAGAAGCAGCAGCUGGAGGAGAAGCUGAAGAAGAAAGACUUGGAGCUGGCUCAGGUUCACUGUAAGGUGGAGGAUGAGCAGAGUCUGGUGGCUCAGCUGCAGAAGAGGAUCAAGGAGCUUCAGACUCGUACGGAGGAGCUGGAGGAGGCGCUGGAGGCGGAGCGGCUGUGGAGGUCCAAGGCCGAGCGGCAGAGGAACGACGUGGCCCGAGAGCUGGAGGAGCUGGGGGAGAAGCUGGAGGAGGCCGGGGGGGCGUCGGCCGCUCAGAUCGCCCUCAACAGGAAGCGGGAGGCGGACUUCCUGAAGAUGCGGCGGGAGCUGGAGGAGGCGGGGCUUCUGCACGAGGCGACGGCGGCCACGCUGAGGAAGAAGCACUCGGACAGCGUGGCCGAGCUGGGCGAGCAGAUCGACGGCCUGCAGAGAGCCAAGCAGAGGCUGGAGAAGGAGAAGGCGGAGCUCCGGCUGGAGGCCGACGACCUGGCAGCCAACCUGGACCAGCUGUCCCGGGCCAAGAGCGGCGUGGAGAAGAUGUGCAGAGUUUAUGAGGAUCAGCUGAACGAGAGCCGGAGCCGAGCAGACGAGCUGCAGAGACAGCUGAAUGAGGCGUCCUCGCAGAGGGCACGGGCCGCCGCCGAGGGCGCUGAGUACAGCCGUCGUUUGGAGGAACGGGAGGCUCUGAUUGGUCAGCUCCAGCGCUCGAAGGCGGGACUUUGCCACAACAGUGAAGGUCUGAAGAAACAGCUGGAGGAGGACAGCAAAGCCCGGGUGGCUCUGGCCCACGCGGUGCAGGCGUCCCGUCACGACUGCUGCCUGCUGAGGGAGCAGCUGGAGGAGGAGCAGGAGGCGAAGGCCGAGCUGCAGAGGGCGCUGUCCCAGGCCAACAGCCAGGUGGCGCAGUGGAGGGCAAAGUACGAGACGGACGCCGUGCUGCGGAUCGAGGAGCUGGAGGACGCAAAGAAGAAGCUGGUGGUGCGGCUGCAGGCGGCUGAGGAGGCCGGCGAGGCGUCUCUGGCCAGAUGUUCCUCCCUGGAGAAAACCAAGCAGCGCCUGCAGACAGAGAUUGAGGACCUGAUGGUGGACCUGGAACGCUCCAACGCCGCCGCCCUCGCCCUCGACAAGAAACAACGCAACUUCGACAAGCUGCUGGGUGACUGGAGGCUGAAGUUCGAGGAGAGCCAGGCGGAGCUGGAGAUGUCGCAGCGAGAGUCUCGCAGUCUGAGCACGGAGCUGUUCAAGCUGAAGAACUGCUACGAAGAGGCUCUGGAUCACCUGGAGACGGUCAAACGGGAAAACAAGAACCUGCAAGAGGAGAUAGUGGACCUGACGGAUCAGAUCAGUCAGGGCGGGAAGACCAUCUAUGAGCUGGAGAGGAUGAAGAAGGUCCUCGACAUGGAGAAGGGUGACAUCAGAGCUGCUCUGGAGGAGGCGGAGGGUUCUCUGGAGCACGAGGAGAGCAAGACCAUCAGAGUCCAGAUGGAGCUGGAGCAGAUACGAGCCGAGAUCCACAGGAAGAUCUCAGAGAAAGACGAGGAGAUCGAAAACCUGAGGCGGAGCCACCAGCGCUCCCUGGAGGCCAUGCAGAGCAGCCUGGAGGCGGAGGUGCGCUGCCGCAGCGAGGCGGUUAGGCUCCGGAAGAAGAUGGAGUGCGACCUGAAUGAGAUCGAGGUCCAGCUGGGACACGCCCACCGCCAGGCCGCCGAGAGCCAGAGACUCACCAGACACCUGCAGACACAGGUUAAGGAGCAACAGAUUGAGCUCGAUGACAAACUCCAGCUGACCAAUCAGCUGAGAGAGCAGGUCGUCCUGCUGGAGCGACGCUGUUCGCUGCUGGCGGCCGAGGAGGAGGAGCUCCGCGGCGCCCUGGAGCAGAGCGACCACGUCCGCAAGGUGGCCGAGCACGAGCUGGUGGAGGCCAGCGAGAGAAUCAACCUGCUCAACACACAGAACUCGGGCCUGCUGAACCACAAGAAGAAGCUGGAAGCCGAUUUGUCUCAUCUGGCAGGAGAGGUAGACGAAGCCACGCAGGAGAGCCUCAGCGCCGGGGAGAAAGCCAAGAAAGCCAUCACCGAUGCGGCUCUGAUGGCCGAGGAGUUGAAGAAGGAGCAGGACAGCAGCAGCAUGUUGGAGAGGAUGAAGAGGAACAUGGAGGCCACAGUCAAAGACAUGCAGGUCAAACUGGACGAAGCGGAGCAGAUGGCGCUGAAAGGAGGAAAGAAGCAGCUUCACAAACUGGAGAUCAGAGUGAGGGAGCUGCAGUCGGAGCUCGUCAUGGAGCAGAAGAAGAGCGAGGAGUACCAGAAGGGAGUCCGGCGCUACGAGAGGAGAGUCAAAGAGCUGACGUACCAGACGGAGGAGGACCAGAAGACCCUGCUGAGGAUGCAGGAGCUGAUCAACAAGCUGCAGGCCAAAGUCAAGAGCUACAAGAAACAGGCCGAGAGCGCUGAGGAGCAGGUGAGCUGCAACGUGACUCGCUUCAGGAAGCUGCAGCACGAGCUGGACGACGCCGAGGAGCGAGCCGACGUCGCCGAGACGACCGUCAACAAGCUGAGGGUCCGAACCCGCGAGCAGAGCAGCCGGGUCGCCGUGAUCACUGAGUGAAGCUCAGUCAGACGACUGAACUCCUUCAUUCUGUCUCAGUUUAUGUUUCCGACUUUGUGUUUGUGAGGUGUGUGUUGUGGACAGUGGAGCUUCAUUUAUGAUUGGCUGCUCAACAC